CCGAAGUCUAGGGGGAGGAACUUCCUAUUGGUUAAGAUACCCCUUCGGGAGGCGGGAGAAAGGGCGGUGUCCCGCCCCUGGAGGGCUGCUGGGCCAAUGGCGGAGAGCGGUGCGGCUAGGCUGCGCUGGCUGAGGCGAGCGGAGCUUUGUGAGGCAGGUAGCGCUGCUUUCUGCGGACCCCCGCCCCUGAGAGCAGCCCCGCCCCCCGGCAGGGCCCGAUCCCCGAGCGGCCCCCGGAGCGGUGGAGGCCGCCGCGGGCCAGGGCCCCGAUCUCCCGCCCACCCCCACCCCGGCCCCUAGGCCAGGUCUUGCCGAGCCCUGUCCCGCGCUGGGUGAGCCCGGGCCCGGCGUCAGGCCGAUGCAAGCCGGGGGGGCUGGCUGACCUGCCCGGGUCCGGUAUUGCACCCGGCGGGCGUCGGGCCUUCUCGGCGCCUGCCUGGGGCAGAGGCGGGGGGUUCCCCGGCGCCCCACCAUGGCCGGUGCCAUAGCGUCUCGGAUGAGCUUCAGCUCCCUGAAGAGAAAACAGCCGAAAACCUUCACUGUGCGGAUCGUCACCAUGGACGCCGAGAUGGAGUUCAGCUGCGAGGUGAAGUGGAAAGGGAAGGAUUUGUUUGACUUGGUGUGCAGGACCCUAGGACUCCGAGAAACCUGGUUCUUUGGACUUCAGUACACGAUCAAGGAUACCGUGGCCUGGCUCAAAAUGGACAAGAAGGUUCUGGAUCACGACGUUCCAACAGAGGAGCCAGUCACUUUUCACUUCCUUGCCAAAUUUUACCCUGAGAAUGCAGAGGAGGAGCUGGUUCAGGAGAUCACACAGCACUUGUUCUUUCUGCAGGUAAAGAAACAGAUUUUAGAUGAGAAGAUCUACUGUCCUCCUGAGGCAUCUGUGCUGCUGGCCUCCUAUGCCGUCCAAGCCAAGUAUGGUGAUUACGAUCCCACUGUUCAUCAGCGUGGCUUCUUAGCUCAAGAGGAGUUGCUUCCAAAACGGGUAAUUAACCUGUACCAGAUGACUCCAGAAAUGUGGGAGGAAAGAAUAACAGCCUGGUAUGCAGAACAUCGAGGCAGGGCAAGAGAUGAAGCUGAAAUGGAAUAUUUGAAGAUCGCUCAGGAUUUGGAGAUGUAUGGAGUAAACUACUUUGCAAUUAGGAAUAAGAAGGGCACUGAGCUGUUGCUUGGGGUUGAUGCACUGGGGCUUCACAUCUACGACCCAGAAAACAGGCUGACCCCCAAAAUCUCUUUUCCAUGGAAUGAGAUCCGGAAUAUCUCUUACAGUGAUAAGGAGUUUACAAUUAAGCCACUGGACAAAAAGAUCGAUGUCUUUAAAUUCAAUUCAUCAAAGCUGCGUGUGAAUAAGCUGAUUCUUCAGCUGUGUAUUGGAAACCAUGAUCUAUUCAUGAGGAGGAGGAAGGCAGACUCACUGGAGGUCCAGCAGAUGAAAGCACAGGCCAGGGAGGAGAAGGCCAGAAAGCAGAUGGAAAGACAGCGGCUGGCUCGAGAGAAGCAGAUGAGGGAAGAGGCAGAGCGAACAAGGGAUGAGUUGGAGAGGAGGUUGUUGCAGUUAAAGGAGGAGGCGACAAUGGCCAAUGAGGCUCUGAUGAGAUCUGAAGAGACAGCAGACUUGCUGGCUGAAAAAGCCCAGAUCACAGAAGAGGAAGCCAAGCUGCUGGCUCAGAAAGCAGCUGAGGCGGAGCAGGAGAUGCAGCGGAUCAAAGCCACGGCAAUCCGGACAGAGGAAGAGAAACGGUUGAUGGAACAGAAGGUCCUGGAGGCAGAGAUGUUGGCAUUGAAGAUGGCAGAAGAAUCGGAGAGAAGGGCAAAGGAGGCUGAUCAGCUAAAGCAGGACCUUCAGGAGGCUCGAGAGUCCGAGCGGAGAGCAAAGCAGAAGCUCUUGGAGAUCACCAGCAAGUCGUCAUACACGCAGCCCAUGAACUCAGGUAUGACAGCGCUGCCUGCCGACCUGCCAAGCUUCAACCUAAUCAGCGAGAGCCUUUCCUUUGACUUCAAGGAUACAGACAUGAAGAGACUUUCCAUGGAAAUAGAGAAAGAGAAAGUGGAGUACAUGGAGAAGAGCAAGCACCUGCAGGAGCAACUGAAUGAGUUGAAGACUGAGAUUGAGGCGCUGAAACUGAAGGAGAGGGAGACAGCGCUGGAUAUACUGCACAACGAGAAUGCCGACCGAGGCAACAGCAAGCACAACACCAUUAAAAAGCUCACUUUGCAGAGCACCAAGUCCCGUGUGGCCUUCUUCGAGGAGCUCUAGGAGGUGACCCAACCAUCCUGCACUGCUGCUUCCAGCGAGCGAGCGAGCGAGCCACCUGCCAGCCAGAACCUCCUUCAGCCAGGCCAUAUAGGCCCAUCCCAAUGGCUGGGGAGCCAGGAACACAGCUCCUCUACAUGCUGGCUGAGUGCAUUCUGGGACAUGAUGCUGCUCCUGUGCAAUGGACUCGGUCCGUCAGCUGUCCGUGGAUUUCAGCGUGAUGAUCUCAAGUGUAGUGUAUCCUAAUCCCCCUCGUAGGUUUUUAACUAGCUACUCUCUUCUACCGUUUAUAAUGCA